AUGUCGUCCGACAACUCCAAAAAGUUGGUCCUACAGAGUUCCGACGGCGAGGACAUCGUAGUCGACCGCGAUGUUGCUGAGAGAUCAAUUCUCAUCAAGAACAUGGUCGGCGAUCUUGGUGAAGAUGCCAUGGAGGAGGCCAUUCCCAUCCCCAACGUCAACGCCGCUGUCCUCAAAAAGGUGAUCGAGUGGUGCACACAUCACAAGCAUGAUCCUCCUGCCACGAACGAAGACGACUCGGACUCACGUAAGAAGACGACCGAUAUCGAUGAGUGGGAUCAAAAGUUCAUGCAGGUCGACCAAGAAAUGCUAUUUGAGAUCAUCCUCGCCGCCAACUAUCUUGACAUCAAGGCUCUACUUGAUGUCGGUUGCAAGACUGUUGCCAAUAUGAUCAAGGGAAAGUCGCCAGAAGAGAUCCGCAAGACGUUCAAUAUCCAAAAUGACUUUACGCCUGAGGAAGAAGAUCAGAUCCGCCGGGAAAAUGAGUGGGCUGAAGAGUGA